GGUUCCGGAGGUCGCCGAGGCUGUGGGAAAUGCUGGCGCGCGCGGCGCGGGGCACUGGAGCCCUUUUGCUGAGGGUGAGAGCGAGGCAACCUUCACCAGAGGCUCGGGACCGACAUCACCUGGGUCUUGAGCUGGGAAGGAGUGGGCUUCUAACUUUGGGGGAAGGACUGUGGUCACAGGGCUCGGUGCAGGCUUCUGGCCGCGUUCCGCGCCGCGCCUCCUCUGGACUGCCCCGAAACACCGUGAUCCUGUUUGUGCCUCAGCAGGAGGCCUGGGUGGUGGAGCGAAUGGGCCGAUUCCACCGGAUCCUGGAACCGGGCCUGAACGUCCUGAUCCCCGUGUUAGACCGAAUCCGGUAUGUGCAGAGUCUCAAGGAAAUUGUUAUCAACGUGCCUGAGCAGUCAGCCGUAACUCUUGACAAUGUAACACUACAAAUAGAUGGAGUCCUUUAUCUGCGCAUCAUGGAUCCUUACAAGGCAAGUUACGGUGUGGAAGACCCAGAGUAUGCUGUCACCCAGUUAGCUCAGACGACUAUGAGAUCAGAGCUUGGCAAACUCUCUCUGGACAAAGUUUUUCGGGAGCGUGAGUCCCUGAAUGCCAACAUUGUGGAUGCCAUCAACCAGGCUGCAGACUGCUGGGGUAUCCGAUGCCUGCGAUACGAGAUCAAGGACAUCCAUGUGCCACCUCGAGUGAAAGAGUCUAUGCAGAUGCAGGUAGAGGCAGAGCGCCGGAAGCGGGCCACAGUUCUAGAGUCCGAAGGGACACGAGAGUCAGCUAUUAAUGUGGCAGAGGGGAAGAAACAGGCCCAGAUUCUGGCCUCCGAAGCAGAAAAGGCUGAACAGAUAAAUCAGGCGGCAGGAGAAGCCAGUGCAGUUCUGGCCAAGGCCAAGGCUAAAGCCGAAGCGAUUCGAAUUCUGGCUGGGGCUCUGACUCAACAUAAUGGAGAUGCAGCAGCUUCGCUCACUGUGGCUGAGCAGUAUGUCAGCGCAUUCUCCAAACUGGCCAAGGAUUCCAACACAGUGCUACUGCCCUCCAAUCCCAGCGACGUCACGAGUAUGGUGGCUCAGGCCAUGGGUGUCUAUGGGGCUCUCACCAAAGCCCCAGUGCCCGGAGCCCAGAACUCCAGCCAGAGCAGAAGAGAUGUCCAGGCUACAGACACGAGUAUUGAAGAACUGGGUAGAGUCAAGCUCAGUUAGUAGAGAUGACUCGGCCAGGGAGUCUAGGGGCCGGGAGCUGCUCUCAAAAAAGAUUCUGGUUCCAGCCUCCCGGCCAAAUUUUAGUUUUUAUUUUUUUAUUUGAACUUACUAAUCAUGUAAUAAAGUGACCAGUGGCAAAUGGGAAACUGUCCUCAUUGAUUGGGGGAUGAAGUUAGGAAAGCCACUCGGGUCGUCUUUGGCCGUCCACUUCCACCCUUCAGUCCAGGUCGGUGUGAGGAGUUGAUUCUCCACGCGUGACAAGGAUUCACUUCAUGUGAAGUGAAGUCAUCCUGUCGUCAAGAGAAACCUCGGCUGUACGGGGAUUGAGGCAUGGUCUGCUGAACUGCCAGCUGCACAGUGGUGCAGGGGCUUGGGGACACACGGGAAAGGACAGCUUGCCCUUAUGGUAUGGCGGUCUUAAAGGGCAGAGGGUGUAGACUAUUAAGCUAUUAAUAAACUAGGGUUUACAAAAGCA